AUGGAAAACCCAUGCAAAUGCUCCUUGGAAGCCCUGAAGAUAAUGGCAGAUCUGCAAAACGUCCAUGCAGUUGUCGACGUGGAGACGAUUUUGAACCUCACGCAGCGGGUGUGGUUGCAUGGCAAAACUAUGAUUCAAUGCGAGAACUGUAUCAAGACGGCGCAAUCAUCCAUAUUUACUCUUCCCGCACUCUCGGAAGGGUGCCUACCGCUUCUCGAAGCAUUGUGUGCGGCAUACGAUAUCUCGACUCAUCCCGGAUUCUUCGACUCGGCUAUGUUAGCUUUUGACCAGCCAGCUUCUUCAAUUAUCUGCAUUCGUAGUCAGGCAUUCCUGGGACGGACUGAACUGGAUGAUUAUGAAGCUCGGUUGUUGGUUCGUACGUUGCUUGCGCGCGACUUGAUUCGUUUUGUGGAGUUGAUGGAGGCUCUGAGGGAGGUUUUAAAUAUUCUAUUGGAGAAUAGUCACGUUAAUCGGAAUUCAAUGGCCACGCUUAGAGCCUGUGGGUCGUCGGUUGAAUCUACUAUCAGUCGAUUAGCUGUCCUGAUGCAAGUUGUCGAGGGGACUGCGAUGCCGGGACGUCAUCAGGGGGGUCUUGAUAUUUGUUGA